CAGAAUCACACAGACCUACUUCAACAUGAGGACUGCUCUGCAGCUUGGCCUCUGUGGCCUCUGUCUCACACUGUGUCUGUUUGAAGGAAGAACGGUAGAUUUACCGGAUCCUCCUCCUGUAAACUGUGUCUGGGGCCGGUGGUCUGAGUGGGGUAACUGUGAUCCUUGUUCAAAAACACGAAGGCGCUCCAGGACCGUAGAGGUGUUUGGGCAGUUUGGAGGUCUACCCUGCAAAGGCUCUUUGGGGGAGAGAGAGGCCUGUGAGACAAGUCAACCAUGUGUCCCGCCACCAGCUCCGGCUUGUUCUCAAAGCGACUUCAUGUGCGAAUCAGGCCAGUGUAUCAAAAUGAGGCUUAAAUGCAAUGGGGAUUUGGACUGUGAAGAUGGGACUGAUGAGGAUUGUGAACCAGUGCGUAAACCAUGUGGUGUUCUUGAUCUGAUUAAUAGUGAGCAUGGCAGGAGAGCAGGAUAUGGGAUCAAUCCCUUAAGUACAGAUCCCAGACAAAACCCGUUUAACAAUGACUUUUUUAAUGGGAGGUGUGAGAGAGUGAGAAACCCAACCUCUGGAAUAUAUGACAGGAUUCCUUGGAACCUUGGAGUCCUUAACUAUCAGACUGUGGUCAAAGAGACGGUUUCCAGGGAGAUUUAUGAAGAUUCACAAACUCUCCUCACAGAAAUACUCAGAGAAAUGUCCAAUAAACUUCACGUUCAAUUAUCCUUCAAAUUUACACCCAGUGAACCUUCCACUUCGGCUGGGAGUGGAACUGAGAGUGGAGCUGGGAGUGGAGCUGCAGGUUCAAGUAUAAGUGGAGGCCUAAGCUUUGAUCCACAAAUCGAGAAGAAAAAUAUGGUUAAGGAACUGUCGGAGUACAAAACCAUAAAGAACAAGAGCUUCAUCCGUGUUAAGGGAGCCAUACAGCUCAGCACAUACAGGAUGCGUUCUAAUGGUCUUAUUGUCGCCAUGGGUUUUGUGGAGGAUCUUAAAAGACUUCCACUAGAAUAUGAAAAGAGUAUAUAUUUCUCCUUCAUUGAGGACUAUGGAACACACUACACCAAAAAUGGAAGACAUGGUGGUCAAUAUGAUCUUGUCUAUGUUCUCAAUCAGGACACCAUCGAGAAGAAAAAAAUAACAGAAAGAACAUUGCAAGAAUGUGUCAAACUAGGACUCUCUGCCAAUAUUGGCAAUGGCAAUAUUGAUGCAUCAGGAAACUUUAAUACAGACAAUUGUAAAACAUUUACUAACAAGACUGAAGAUGGAAAAGCUGGUAAAGCUGCGGUAGACACAGUGGUAUCUGCCAUUUAUGGAGGCAGUGCGGAAGCUGCUGCUGCCAUAAAGGCCAUCCUAAACAAAGAGGGGAUCCUGGAUAUGAUGACCUUUCAGAACUGGGCUAGGUCAAUUGGGGACGAGCCCAUACUCCUUGAGAGUGAUCCAGAGCCUAUCUACACACUGGUACCACUGGAUCUGCCCAAUGCUAAUACCUUAAUAGCCAACAUAAAGAGAGGGUUAACCGAGUAUGUGGCAGAGUACAGUCCGUGUAAGUGUAAGCCCUGUCAAAAUGGAGGCACCCCUGCAUUGAUAGAAGGAGAGUGUCAGUGCCUGUGUCCUCCUUCCUAUGGAGGCCUGGCCUGCCAAAAUUACAAAGUCCAAUCUAAGAACGUCCAGGACAUACCCAUUGUGGACCAGAUUGGGAACUGGGGGUGCUGGUCAGCCUACACUCAAUGUGCAGCUGGGAAACGCAGUAGAACCCGCACCUGCAACAAAGAAGGCCUCCAGAAUGCAUAUUGUGUUGGAGAAAGUAGAGCCGAGGAGUACUGCUGAGAAUUAUGAAAUACUUUAAUUUAUAAUAAAAAGUAAACAGAA